UCUUUAAAAAACAUACGUUUUCUGCUGGUAAUUUGUUGUAAUUUCCUAUUUGCUGUUGAUUUUCUGCCUGCAAUAUGGAAGUAAAAGUGAAUAAAAAAGUAAAAUCGGCUACCGAUGAAGAGUUGCAAGCGCUUUCUAAAGAGGAGUUAAUGGCAAAAAUCAGACAACUUGAAGCACACAACGUUCAAUUGAAAAGCAUUGUACAGAAAAGCCUUAAAUCUCAUGAAGAAGUUACAAAUGGCAAAGAGACGAAGAAGGAUCGACCGUUCGAUUUUAGCAAAUGUUUCAAGCGACACAUUUUGCUGCGACUUUAUUAUCUCGGUUGGGAUUAUCAAGGUUUUGCAUCGCAGGAAGAUUCCGUUGCUACGAUUGAACAUCACUUGUUUGCUGCACUGAAGAAGGUAUGUCUGAUCGAGAGUCGUGAAACUUCCAACUACAAUCGUUGCGGGCGCACUGAUAAGGGUGUGAGUGCGUUUUGUCAGGUGAUAAGUCUGGAUGUUCGUUCAAAGUUUCGACCGGAAGAACAGCUACAGGAGAGCAAUCUAGAGGAUGAGCUUGAUUACUGUUCGCUGCUUAACCGGGUGCUGCCGGUGGAUAUUCGUUGCAUUGCCUGGAUGCCGAUGGUGAAUCCGGUGUAUAGUGCCCGCUUCGAUUGUCGCUCGCGGACGUACCGAUAUUUCAUCCCGAAAGGAGAUUUGAAUGUACCAGCGAUGGAAGAGGGCGCUCGUUAUCUGGUGGGCGUACAUGAUUUUCGAAACUUCUGCAAAAUGGACGUUGGAAAUGGGGUUGUAAACUUUGUAAGAAGCAUCGAUGCAAUUAGCAUCGAAAUGUGUCAAGAAGAUUAUCUUGAUGAAGGUUAUAAUAUGUUGUGCGUCGAGCUAACAGGUAAAGCAUUCCUUUGGCAUCAGGUUCGAUGCAUUAUGGCUGUGCUGUUGCUGGUUGGACAGGGAAAGGAAGAACCGUCCGUGGUGAAAGAAUUGCUGGAUGUUGAGAAGAAUCCGUGCAAACCACAGUACAGUAUGGCAAUAGAUUUGCCGUUAAAUCUGUACAAAUGUUUGUUUAACGAGAAAAGCAUCCAACCUUCCGACGAUGAACGACAGGAAUCGGAGGAUGGAAGCGACUUGCGGAAUUGGAUCUACAAACAAGAGAAUGUGGCGCGAACAACCUCCGAGUUGCAGGGAUCGUGGAUGAAACAAAAUGUGAAAGCAACAAUGAUUCGUGACAUGUUGCAUGAAUUGGAAGGUUUGGUAUGUUUUCGCACGGUGGAUCAAGCAGCUCAUCUGACGGAAGGGGUAAAAAGUAAAGAAUAUCGCCCGUUACUACAACGACAACAAUGUGAGAGUCUGGAGAACCGCAUCGAACACUACGCCAAGAAGCGACGCAUCGAGGUUAGCACUAAAUCAAACGACAGCAAUGCGAACGGAAGCGACGAACCGGUGCAGCAGAGCGUAGCCGACAUCGGCACCAAUAACGACGGUCAUGUAGAUCAUGGUGUGAUGGGAAUAGAAAAUUAGCUAGCCUUUAAACACCGCAGUGGUUGUUUGUUAUGAAUGUUUCAUUUCUUUAUUGACUAUACGCGAUAUGUUUAUGAGAUUUGUACAAACAGCGAGAUAGAGGAAGGGAAUGAAAUGAGAACUCUUAACCUAUUUGUAGAACGCGCAGUCUGACACACGCACAAACUAAGUCCGAUUCGGAGCAAUUCGUUCCACGCUCGAGACAAGCUAUCGCGGCCUAUCUUACUGCCUUGCGCGCACUGUUCACAUGCCCAAACGUCCUGUCGCAGGGGUUAGAUGAGAAUGGAAAUGGAGGGGGAAGAUAUACGUGUGUGCCAAUUAGUAUGCCAUCAGUGCUGUACGAAUCCGCUCUCCACCAUCUCCUACAAACACACACACACACACACUCUUUGUUCGAUGAUCGGUGCGAUCGGUUUUGGAAUAGUUGAUGCUUUGCUCUUUCGCUGAAAUCUUACAGAUAGGUCGCCUGCACUCGUCUAAAAAAAAAAACAAACAAUCCGCGACGCGUUGUGCCGCGAAGCACGGUCACACCAAAGCACUAUACAGAACAGGUGACUAGAAUUGAAGUGUCCGUGGGGUUCGUGGGUGGAAUAAAUAAUAUAGUGGUUUGGUGGGGCAUUUACGAUUGCCCCCUUCCGACUCCAAACCGUUGCAUUACGAUUAGGUGACGGUUAAGAGUUUGAAAUCGCUCAGUUCGGUAGAUUAUCGACUGACUUAGCCCGAUGAUACCUGUUACGAAGGAAUUACGAAGAUUCAAUUAGGAUUUUUUGUUUUGCAGUCGGCCAUGAUUGCGGUAUUGGAAGUUACCUUCUUCGGGCGAGCUUCAGCACAACCGGUCCUUCCUUGACAUUCUUGAACAGCGCUAUCGUUUCGCAGUGGCUCAUACCCUGCACGGCGACGUCGUUGAUGGAUAGAAUUUCAUCUCCUGCGUGGAAACCGUACGGUUUUAUUAUAAACGCCGCUAAUGGUACGAUGCGAAUCCGUACUUACCCGCUAUUAGCGUUCCAUCGAGCGCGGCCUGUCCGCUUGGAAAGACGGUCUUCACGUAGAUGCCCAUAUUACCGCGCGGCGAAUCACGUCCACCGACAAUGCUGAACCCGAGCGAUUUCAUCCCCGCUCCCUUGUAGAAGGUGACA